CCUCCCGUACUGAGGGUGGCGCUUGUUGUGCUCAGACCGCAUGGCCGUCACAACAAGAACAAGAGGUGCUCAUGUCUCCGCUGUACUGACGUUUGACAGCUGUCACUGCAGAGGCACAUCACUUGCGUGCAAUGCACACAAUUACCCAAAGGUCCAACCCACAGACCUGUAGAUUGUGCAAACAUGUUGCGAUUAGUCACGACAUCAUUGUGUCUCUACUGCCAGCGGGCUCAAGUAACACCUUCACUUCUCACAAGGCCUUACUCCUCUAUCGUUCACAAAGAGAACCUGGUUGCUAUAGACGCCCUGUACGACUUGUCCGUAGACAUCAGUAAGGUCCGAAAACUGAAGGGAUGGGUGUUGCGGCAGAGCCCCUUAUACGUGAGGGAGACUGCUGCCCUGCUGAGGGACAUGGGGGCUAGUGGGCCUGUCAUCGCACGUGUUUUGGAGCUCCAUCCUGAGGCCAUCCUCUGCAAACCUGAGCAAAUGGAGGCACAGAAAAAGCUGUGGAUGUCUGUGUGCGCCAGCCAGAAGGAUCUGGUUGGAAUCAUUGAAAAAUUCCCUGCCUCGUUUUUCACCUCGUUCUCUGAUCACGACAACCAGAAGGCCAACAUCAUGUAUUUCCAGACUCUGCAUCUUAACAAACGCAUCAUUAGCAAGCUCAUGGCCAGCGCCCCUCAGAGCUUCAGCCGACCUGUGAAGCAAAACGAGGAGAUGAUCCAGACCCUGCAGAAGACCUAUUUGGACUUGGGUGGGAGGGAGGAUAAUAUGAAGACCUGGUUGCAGAAGCUGCUUACUCAGAAUCCCUACGUGCUUCUGAAGCCCCCCGAGGUUCUGCGCGAUAACUUGACGUUCCUGCGCGACAGGGGCUUCACCAGCAAUGAGCUCUUGCGGCUGCUUUCCAAACUGAGGGGAUUUGUUACUGAGCUGAACCCUGAAAGCAUGAGACUCACCCUCAGCUACUCCCAGGAGACCCUGGAAUGCACAGAAGCAGAGUUCAGGGAGAUCGUACUUCAGUGUCCAGCCUUGUUAUACUAUUCUGUGCCUGUACUAACUGAACGCUUUACAGGCCUCCUCGCUGCUGGAGUAAGCAUGGAGCAGAUCAUGGAGACUCCCACAGUGUUAGAACUGACAACGCAGAUAGUUCAGUAUCGCAUUCAGAAACUGCGAUCUUUUGGUUAUGAUGUACGUACUGGCAGCCUGGAAGUCCUCAAUGGCACCAAAAAGGACUUUGAGAUGAGCAACGGGAAGCUGCAUCUUAGGCAAGAGAGGCCACUUUUUAACCCAGUAGCUCCACUUCGAACGGAAGAUUAAAUAUGGAAACCUGUUUCCACCAUAAAAUAAAAAAAUAUAAUAGUAAUGUAAUUGUGACUUUUAAUCUCAAUUCUGAUUUUAUUCUCAUUUCACAUAAUUCCAAGUUUAUAUGCUGCAAUGUUUUAGUUAGUUUUGGGUUAGUUCAGCCAAAAAUGAAAAUUCUGUCAUUAAUUACUCACUCUCAUUUCGCUCCAAACCCAUAAGACCUUCGUUCAUCUUCAUCACCAAUGAUGAGCCGGCGUUCUGAUGUAGAACCUGGAAGCUACACUGUGUGUACGUCAACUGCGUAGGAGACUGGCAUGGAAGAGAAGAAAUUGUUGAAUAAAGUCAUUAUUUUUGUUUGUUUUUUGCGCAUAAAAAGUAUUAAGUUUGAAGUACUGUAGUCACAUGGACUAUUUUUGCGACGUCUUUACUACCUUUUUGGGCAUUGAAAGUGGUAAUUGUGUUGCAGUCUAUUGAUAGCUCAUGGAUUUCAUCAAAAAUAUCUUAAUUUGUGUUCCAAAGAUGAACGAAGGUCUUACGGGUUUGGAACGACAUGAGGGUGAGUAAUUAAUGACAGAAUUUUCAUUUUUGGGUGAAACUUUAACAUCUCUUUAACAUGAAAAAAGUCAGAAUUGCGGCAAAUAAAGUCAGAAUUGUGUUUUUAAAAACUCGCAAAUCUGAAAAAGUCCUAAUUGCAUGUUUUUUUUAGCAUACAAUUCUGAGUUUAUUUGCCACAAUUCCAAGAAGCAAAAAGUAACAGUUGCGAAUUGUGAUAAACUCGGAAUUGCAUAGAAUUGUGUGCAAGUUUAUAAGACAUAAUUCUGACUUUAUUUCUCGCAAUUACAAGUUUAUAUUUUGCAAUUUUGAGCUAACAUCUGGCAAACUUAACUUAUUUUUCUCAGAAUUGCAAUUUUUUUUUAUCUCGAAAUUCAGACCUUCUUCUUCAAUUGCAAGGUUUUUACUUUACACACAAUCCUUACUUUAUUUCUCACAAUUCCAAAUUUAUAGAUAGAGAAAAAAGUCAGAAUUGACAGAUAUAAACACAAAAUUGUUAGAAAUAAAGUCUGAGCUGUGAGAUAAAAAGUCAGUUACCUUUUUUAAGUUUUUAUUUCAGGUCAGAAACAGGCUUCCAUGUUAGUGCUAAACAGAAUAUUAACAGCAGUUUCUUUUGUUUUCUGUAUGAAUACAUUUAUUUAUUUAGAUCAUUCAUUCGCUGAAAAGGAUAAAUGAUUGAAGGUUUUGUUUAUGUUGUGGAAGACGAAUCUUACCAAAUAAAUGUCAACCCAUAUUGUGCUCAAAGAAAAUGUAAUUUUUCUCCUUUACUACAUUGUAAAUGUACAUUUUUGCCAUUGUGGCACUGAGUCAUUAGUUGUAGUGACAUGUUGUGCCAAGUAAUUUAUGUAGCUUUUGAAAUUCCUCAUCAAUGUCUCUAAUAAUGAACAAUAUAAAAUACCUCUCGGAGGUAUGCAUUAUGCAGAUAAAUAUUCAGAUCAAUGAAUGUUUACCCGUAUGCUGCCGUCAGAAUCUCAUUUGCAAGCAUUUCCCAAUAUUUUGGCCUCUGGGCAGCAUUUUGAGAUAAUUUUGUGCUUUUUAAUGAUUAGACUAAAGACUUUACUGGUAUCUAUAAUGAAGUUACAUUACAUAUUGCCUUUUGGCAUCUGCUGUUUACGCGGUGGGCUUUAUGAUUUCUUUAAUGGUAAGCUAUUAAAUUUCUGACAAGUUUCUCAUAGCCUCUGUGAAAUCAAAAUAAGAACAUUUUUUAGCUUGAUUAGAGCUGAAAAUUAAAUUAAUUUAUGCAUGA